CUCAUCGGUCUCAUCAACCUCAUCAGCUGUCAGGAGGUGUUGUUGUUAUUUGUGGUGGAGUCGACGCCAGUUGCGCCAGUUGCGCUAAUACACUCACCGGUGGCCUGACCGAGUGCCUGGCCUAACCCAAAGCCCUGGAGACACCCGCCACACAAUCAUAGAGCACCUCCUGCGUCCAGAAGGCCAGAAGGAUCAGAGCGUAUAGCCAGCCUUGGUAGCUUCGACUGGCAUCGCCCGGAGAGCGGGCCUGGACGCGAUCGUAGCUCCCGGCCAGAAUCGACGGGACCACCACCAUGAGCACCUCCAAUCCGGGCUCCAUUAAUAGCGGUGGAGCGCACACGGCGGCCACGGGCUCGUCGUCGGUGCCCGGGUCCGGCGGCACGUCGGUCUCGGUCCAAGUGAACCACUUCUUGUCCGACCUGAUCAAGGUGGAGUCGGUGGAGCAAGCCUUCAACCACUUUUUGCUCCAUCGUCCGGAUUUGGAACGAGCCCAACAAGAGGCCACCCUGCAGGAAUGGAUCACGCUCCUGCGCGACGUGGCUCAGAUCCCGGCCACGCCCACCGCCUCAGGUGAGGUCAGUCUGGCCCCGGCCCAGCAGCAAGACGAAGCCUUGCGCACGUUCGUGGCCUCCAUGGCUGGUCAGAAGAACCGCAAGACGCUGACCCUGCUCAAAGAGUUGUUGGUGGGCGCGGUGGGCGUGAAUGCGGUCAGUGCCCGUCAAGUGUGCGAUGCGGUUUUGGGCAGCGAACAACUUCGCUAUGAGCAUGAGUCGUUCUGGACGGUGAGCUUUGCCUUGGUGCGGCGUAUUGUGGGCGGGGUGGACUACAAGGGCGUGCGCGAGAUCAUGAAGAAGUGCAUCGAGAAGGUCUUGUCCUUGCCCAGUGACAUUGAUCCGUCGGCCUCGCCCCAAUUGGCCUCGAUCAAGAACUUGUUGGCCUACAUUUUUGAUCGGAAUGCGGCCCUGUUGCCCGGAUAUUUUAUCGUCAACGAGAUCUUGAAGAGCUAUCCCGAGCAACGCAAUUGGCCGCAUUGGGCUUUAGUGGCCAUGAUCGGCGAGUUCCUCAACAGCUUCCGACCCACGGCCCAAAUGGUCACCUCGAUUAACCGCCACCGUAUGCGACCUAUAGUGGAAAACACGGGCAAGGCCCAUUUGGUGUCCACUUGGAAACUGGAUCCCAAUUCGGUCAAAUUUAUCCUCAAAGGCUCCACCACGUAUGACCGCAUUUUGCCCUACACCAAGACCAUCGUUGAGCCGCAACGGCAGUUAUUGCAGUACAUCUUAGGUCAACCGUACUCCAAGGAAAUGGUCAACAACAUUUUUGGACUGCAAAAACCGCGCAAAGAUGGCAAUGCAGCCGGUGGAUCUCAGCGUUUGCACACUCUGGAGGAUGAGCUGGUUCACAUGUUUGUGAACACCAUGAAGUUGGCCGAAGUCACGGACUCGGAAGACAACCAAGUGCUGUGGCGAACUCUGUCGUCAGAGCUGAUCUUCUUCAUUCUCUUCCAAUACAUCACCUUUCCCACGUUUGUCGAGAGUCUCGCCAAUCAAUUACAAGAGCUCAAUCUGAAAGAAGGCCGGGAUGACUUGAUGUGGUCCCUUCUUCAAUUCAUCUCCGGUUCCAUCGCCAAGAACACGACCAGUGAAUUCGUGCCCGUACUGCGACUCUUGAGUCUGUACGACGAAAAUGAGCCCUUGCCCGUGCCGGAUACCACGAUGCCGUGUUGUAUCCGCAAAUUUGCCGCCACGGCCGUGUACAUUCACUUGUGCAACAAAGCCAAAUCUGACCUGACCCAUUUGCAAUUCAAUCUGCCCGUGGCCCUUCAGAGACACUACGAGUUCUUGCAGCAACUCUCGACCCGUGAGCUGAAAAUGCCGGAAUCGCUGCAGAGCGACUAUCUCAUUCCCGUGUUGUGCAACACGUUCUCCACGGCUCAAGAUGUGUUUCAACAGCCCAUGGCGGCCUUGGUCAAGGCCAUUGGGGGCACAUUGGAUCCGGCCGAGAAGAUGGCCAUGCCUGGGCGGAAUUGUUUGGCCAACGGAGCCACCGAGCCCUUGAGUAUGGACAUCUUGGACGCGUUGUCGGUUCACUCGAAAAUGUCGCUCAUCCACAGCAUUGUGACCUUUAUUGGCAAGCAGAUCUCGACCAAGACGACUUUGGCCUUGGCUCCGGCUUUGGUUGAGACCUAUUGUCGUUUGUUGGUGUAUUCCGAGAUCGAAUCCUUGGGGGUCAAAGGCUUCAUCAAUCAAUUGUUCCCUCAAGCCUUCAAACAGAAUGCCUGGGGCAUUCUUCACAUGCUCUUGGAGAUCUUCAGCUUUCGCUUCCAUCAUAUUCAGGCUCAUUUCCGCCUCCAGCUCUUGAAUCAUCUCCAGAUUGGUUUUAUCAAUGCAGUACAUCCAGUGUUGAAUAAGAACGCCCAACUGCAUGCUAUGGGGGAGGCGGCUACCCUACGGCUCAUAACAGGCUUGGGCAACUCAGAAAUUUGUCCUCCCAAAAAUCAACCCACGGGUACCGGACCCAAUGCGCAGGGUGCCAAACAAACCACGGUCCUUUACGGAGACUCCGAGGAAUUGAAUUGUGUAGUGGUACUGGCCUUGGCCCGAUCAAUCCAUGUUAAUGGAUUGGAACAGCAAUCCUCACAGUGGGUUAAGGAAGUGCUGACAAAUAUCAUGCAAAAGACUCCGCAUAGCUGGCCCUCGCAUACCUUGCAAAACUUUCCACCAAUUCUCCAAGAGUUCUUCAAGGAAAAUUCCGGAUCGAAAGAGAACAAGCCGCAAUUGAAGCAGAAAGUCGAGGAAGAGUACAAGAUCUGGGCUUCCAUGUCCAAUGAGCAUGAUAUCCUGCAGCAUUUCGCCACCAUCAAUAACUCGUUAUUCCUUUGCGUGCUCUGGAAGAUGCUUUUGGAAACGGAUCAAAUAUCCCCCGUGGCUUAUAAGGUCUUGGAACGAAUCAACGCCAAGCAGUUCACGGCCCAUUUGCGGUCGUUCUGCGAUCUGCUCGUGUGCGAGUUCAGUAAGUCGGGAGGGUCUGGACAUGUCAAUAAAUGCAUCGAGGCCAUGAAUAAUCUCAUAUGGAAAUUCAAUAUCAUCACCCUCGACCGACUCAUUCUCUGCAUGGCCCUCCGAACCAACGAGGGCAACGAGGCUCAGGUGUGCUUUUUCAUCAUUCAACUGUUACUUCUGAAACCCAUCGAGUUUCGGAGCCGCGUAUCAGAAUUUGUUCGCACCAUGUCUCCCGAGCAUCAGCUCAUCAAGGACUUUCACAAAACGCAUCUCGAGUUCCACACGAAAUACCCCGAGCGAUUCCACGCCGAUGAGCAUCUCGCAGUGGACGGCCAAAUCCAAGGGGGCGGCCCCACCCUGCCAACCUACUUUGGCAACGUCUGUCUUCGAUUCAUACCGGUCUUUGACAUCGUGGUUCACAGAUUUUUGGAACUUCCCCCGGUUACCAAGAACCUCGAAACGUUGAUAGACCAUGUGGGUGUGUUGUACAAAUUUCACGACAAGCCCAUCACCUACUUGUACAACACGCUACAUUAUUACGAACGGAAAGUUCGAGAGCGCCCGUCGUUGAAGCGGAAGCUUAUUUUUAGCAUCACCGGGGCUUUGAAGGAUGUUCGUCCUACGGGCUGGUGCCUCACCAAUGAUUACAUGGACUACUUGAACUCGGAUGGAAAGGAUUGGCAACCACCCCGAGAUUACUACCUACGCUUGGUGGGCCGAUUAACGCACACAAUCCAGGGAAAACAUCCUUUUCCCACUUUGGAUUGGCGAUUCAACGAGUUCCCCAACGAAGGAGCGCAUGCCCUCUAUUGUACUUGUGUGGAGAUCAUGGGAAUCCCAGGAGAGCCAACUCAGGUUGGGGCCAGCCUUAUGGACGUGGUCCUGGAAUCCAGCCACGCCAUUCCCCCCGGAGAGCUCCCGGAUUGGAUCAACUCGAUCGGUGUGAUCCUCUCCAAUCUCCCCGAGGCUUUCUGGAAUGGCCUCUACCAGCGCCUGGUGGGUGCUAUUACGAGUGCCCCUCUGACCCAAUGGAACUUGCCGCAGAACCCGUUCCAGGUGUUUGACUACGACGAUGCCAAUGGUCCCACCCGAUUGAACCUUCUCCUGGCUUUAGCCCACUCGGUAUUUCAUCAUGCCGGAUUCAACCAUAUCCAGACUUUGCCCGAAUUGGUCAAGGAGCACUUCUUCGCUCACAUCAAGACCGAGGAACAGAUGCUGUUCGUGUUCCACGUGGUUGGACCAUUCCUGCAGCGACUCCAUAGCGAACAGCGCUUCAUGCGCCCUCUCUUGGACUUGACUGUGCAGUUCUACCGUAUCUUGCAACAAGUCGACAAGGAGUGCAAGCACUUGAAGUACAUCGAUUCCGUGUGCGACAUCCUCUACCACAUCAAGUAUCAGUUCACGGGCGAUUCCGUGAAGGGCGAUGUGGAACGCGUAGUCCGUGAACUUAGUGGUCCAUUGCAACUUCGCCUUCGAUUCAUUGCCCCUGGGAUUCUCCAACCGAAUGCUUAAUGUAUUUAAAUCGUUCUCGUGAAACGAUUCCGCACUGAAUAAUAAGUAUACCAACGCUAUGA